AUGUAUUGGGAUCCAUUGGGAUCUAUUGGGAUGUAUUGGGAUGUAUUGGGAUGUAUUGGNUGGGAUCCAUUGGGGUCUGCCGGGAUCCAUUGGGAUCUAUUGGGAUCCAUUGGGAUCCAUUGGGAUCUGCCGGGAUACAUUGGGAACUAUUGGGAUCCAUUGGGACCUAUUGGGAUCCAUUGGGAUCCAUUGGGGUCUGCCGGGAUCCAUUGGGAUCUAUUGGGAUCCAUUGGGAUCCAUUGGGAUCCAGUGAUAUUCAUUAGUAUAAAUUAUGUUUUUAAGAAAUUAUAA